ACGUGCGUCAUUUUUAUGUCGCGUAGUUUUAUCAUAGAGUGGUAUUCGUUCAAACAGGAAAGGAUUUUUACCUUUUUUUCUCGGUGGAAGUCAGCUUGAGUUUGAGAAAGGAGAAAGGAAAUCACGUUUCACGCUUCUUCAACGCGAUGUCGAGGAGAUCGUGGUUUGGUUACAACGAUGCGAAGACAAAACGGUUCUUGAUUGUUUUGAUCUUCGGAACGCUGAUCUACCGUGUCGGAGGAGACUUUCCGUGCAAAUCAGAACAGAUACACUGGAAUGGCACAACUCAGAAAAAAUACAAAUGCGUAGAUUGUCCUGACUGUCCCCUGGGAUCAGAGAUUUCUGUGCCAUGUGGUACAUCAGUUAAAUACGGGACACCCAUUCAUUGCGUUUCGUGCCAACUGGGUAAAACAUACUCAGAAAAAUAUGACAAAGCGCAGUGCAAGGCAUGCACAAUAUGCUCUACAGGGAAAGCACUGGUCAAGAACUGCACCCUGGUCUCGAACACUCGGUGCAGCACAGAGUGCCAGAAAGGCUUUUAUUCUUUUCCGUUUAGUUUUGCCUGUUGGCCUUGCUCGGAUUGUUGUCAUGAUGGUAAAGAUGAGCUUCCAAAAGAGUGCAGCGGAAAUUAUCUAAAGAAGUGCAAAAUGCGUUCAUCGCCCUGUAGUUAUGUGCGCAGCACAAAUACCCCGGCCACAACUGCAAAGUGGAUUCCCUGGGCUCCCACACAGAUGUCAUUGCAAAGAGGUACACCGACACCCUUUCCAACCAAGGAAGGAGAAAAGGUUACAUCGCCAGCAUUUUCCACUUACUCAGUCGAAUUUCCUAGAUCUAGGAUCGACCAAUCCAUAACCACCACCAAAUCGACAAAGUCUCCGAAAGAGGGGAGUGGAAAUGAAGUGCUCCUUAUUCCUUCCGGAGUAGGCGUAGCGCUUGGAAUUACAUUCCUGUUUGCUCUAACAGUGAUAAUGGCUCGUCAUGGAUGGUUCUGCAGGCCUUGUUUCCUCAGGUGGGGAAAAUCGGAGAAUUCAGUCGAGUUUCCACCGGCGCAAAUCGAAGUGAAGCCAGCUUUAUCACAAGAGGAACUCAGGCCCGACGAUGUAACCUUGGAGGAGCUGGAAGAAAACAACUUGGAUUUGUUGGAUUGGGUUUGCACCCGGCUUGAUAACGGAAAAUCAGGUUUCCGGCAAGACUACGAGCGCUUGGCUGCUAAAUACAAACUAAUUUCCCCGGAAGUACGAAAAUCCUUGAAAAAUGAGUUUAAAAGUGAAGGUGGAAGCCCCUCCAAGAGGCUGAUGAACCAGCUGCAAACUUUGUACCCCAGCUAUCCUAUUCGUUGUCUUGUAAGGAUGCUGAAAGAGAUCGGAAGAAAUGAUAUAGCACAAAAACUAAGACCCUACAUAAGGAAAAAUGCGGAAAACUAAUAUUAGCGAAUUGAUGACUUUCAGGGAGCCCAGCAAUAAAAUUAGCAAAGCUUUUCAUAGGCUCUCUCAAGCGAUAAUUAAUGGAAAGUGAUGCUAGACUUGCUUUACAUCAGACAACUUUUACAAGUAUGUGGGAUUCAUAGCUGAAUUGCAGCUAUUUGUGUUGAAGAAGACUGACUGCGUGAAUGAUUUGAUUCGUAUAAAUCUCUCUUUUUUUAAGGCCGGGUUUCCUUCUAAAUGAGCUAAAUUGUCCACUUCACAAGUGUUUUGGAUAAUGUUGUUGGGUUGUAAGAAAAGGUUACACUUUGAUCACACGCUGAAUUCAAAGAUAUCGCCCACUGGAUUGUAAAGAAGUAAAGAAGUUUAAAAAAAUUCAUUAUUUAAAGAACAAGAUAAUAUCCACAAUUUAUAUUUAGUCUCUUUGUACUAAUUCUGUUUACCUGCUGGUUAACA